GUUUAGUGAUACAUAACUUUCGCUACAAUGAUAUUUUCGCUUAAUAUGAUAUAUAUUUUAUGCGAUUUUCUCAAAAUUCGAAAAUUGUCUAAAAGCCAGAUGCAUAUUUUCAAUCUAGUGAAAGUAUUUUAGAUGAAACAUCUGGAACGUUUUUAGUGGUCCUAAAAUUGUUGAGACCGAAAAAAAUACAUAAGAACACAAACACGCAUACCGUUGUAAAAUCUUUAUAGCUUUUUAGAAACGUUUCUUCGACCCCAUCGUUAUACUAUAUACAGUGAAAUAACAAUGGCCGGAGAAAAAAAGGUCCACUGAAGCAAGGACGAUCGAUGUACAUAUAUUAUUCAUUAUCACGGUCCUCCUAAAAUGUGCCAACACAGCGAAAUCAUGAUCACGCGCCAACAACAGGAUUUUCCGAUUUCGCUUUUCCGGCGAGGGUAACCUAUACGAGAUCGAUAAGACGGAGAGAAAGAUGAAAUCGCGGUCUCCAAUGUAAGCAUCACUAGUGCUGGUAUCGUUAAUCGUUACACGUAUAAAUUAUCACAAAAGUAUUAAUAAUAUACGUAAAUAUAAGCAUAAGUAUUAUAUUAUAUAUACCCUUAGCGGACUGUGUUUCGAGUGCACUUUUUCUCAUCCACAUCGACCUCACCUCCUAUCCUCUGACUAGCAUCUAAAUCUCUUAAUAAUUAUUAUACCUCUUUCCCGCGCCCUCGCAAAAACUCUCAACGACAUCAUCAAACCCCGUCUAGCCCCGUCAACAAAUCCUGCAUACGAGUGGCCACUUACUUGGGUCUCGAGGGCAUGGUGCACAUUAUAAUAUUUCUAUUCGUCGCAGUCGAAACAACAUUAUAUGAUGUGCCAACAAACUCGUCGACUCCACGCUGUAAUCUUCGGAAAGUUUGAUUUCUAUCUUGUUGCCACAUCGAUGUAAUAAUAUAGUCACAGAUCUACAGGAUCAGACUAAAACACAAGAUACUCUAAAAAAAAAAAGUGAAAAUAAACGGGAUCCCGUCAAUUCAUUAUACGAAUCUUCUCUUAUAAUACAACUGUCAGAAAAUGAACACAAGCUACACGUACAGUAAGCUGAGGCGCGAAUACGGCCGGCAGUGUUCGUUCGUUAAGUCUGGCCCAACAGUGUUAGUCAACGUGAUGCCAGAACCAGGCCUAGAAGAACAAAUGUGGUCACCAGAGAAUCCGGUGGACAAGAGCACCAAUAAAGGCACCGAUUGGUCAGAACACGAAGCGAACACUGUGCGCGUGGAGUAUGCUGAACGCGGAAUUUUCCACACGGAAGGUGGUUGGCCCAAAGACAUAAAUCUAGACGAUCCGGAACAAGUGGUAAGGUUCCGGAAGAAGGCGGAAAAGGACGAAACAUAUUUACAAGCGGUCAUGCAAAUGUCCAGUCUCGCCGAACACUAUAUAAACCAAAACAAUUCGAUAGACAUUUACCAACCAUACUUUACCGACCCGAGCUGUCAGAAGAUGCAAACGUUGGCACCGUCUUUUCGAACGGUAGCGGUGAUGUCGGACCCCCGCGAACCGACCCGACCGGUACAAAACAUAUCUUGGUCACCCGACCAGGGUACGUUGGUUGCGGUAAGCUACGCUGACAUGAGAUUCCAGAUGACCGACCCAGACGCCAGUUCCGACUCGUUCAUAUUCGACUUGGAGGACUCCACUACUCCUUAUUUCACGAUCGAGUCGCCGCAUCCGAUCGUCACGCUUGAGUUCAACCAUAGAGACUCACAGUGCUUGGCUGGCGGUCUGAUGAGCGGCCAAGUCGCUUUCUGGGACAUCCGCAAGAGUUCGAAUUACGUGGCAAUCAGUAACAUAAGGGACGGUCACCGGGAUCCAGUCCGGAGUCUCCACUGGAUCCAUUCCAAGACCAGCACGGAGUUCUACACCGGUUCCAGUGACGGUCAGGUUAUGUGGUGGGACGCCCGAAAACUCACAGAACCCACUGAAGUUUUGAUUUUAGAUCUAUCAAAAGGAGAAAACGUCGACGAACCGGAAUGGGUCAAAUGGGCUCGAUCUCACGGAGUUUUUUGCAUGGACUACGAUCCCUCGAUCCCCAUACGAUUUAUGAUAGGAACUGAGACUGGAUUGGUGUUCAACGGAAACCGUAAAGGCAAAACAGUUUUUGAGAAAAUAUCGUCCACAUACAAUUGUCAUUAUGGCCCAGUAUAUUCAGUACAGCGGAAUCCAGCAUUUUUAAAAAACUUCAUGACCGUUGGCGAUUGGCAAGUGAGAAUAUGGUCGGAAGACGUAAAAGAAUCGCCUAUAAUGUGGACCAAACAUCAUGACGUAAAACUAACUGGCGGUGCAUGGAGCGAAUCGAAGCCAUCGGUUUUCUAUACGACUAGAGCUGAUGGUUGCAUGGACGGUUGGGACAUCUUACAGAAGCAAAAGGAACCAAUACUCACCGUUAAGGUGGCUGACGAAGGAUUGAAUUGUAUUCGAUGUCACGAAGGUGGUGCUAUGUUAGCCGUAGGCGACGACUGUGGAAAGACAUACGUGAUCAAAAUGAACGAUUGGUUCGUCACCGCCGGAAAAAAUGACAAAGCUUUACUGACGGCGAUGUUCGAUCGGGAAACGAGACGAGAAAAAAUCAUAGAGGCAAAACAACGUGAACUAAAAUUAAAGACAAAAACAUCGGCAAAAGUUGACGCCACUACAACAAAGGAUAAACACGUUCAGUUGGCCGAAGCUGAAAUCCGAAUGGUUCAAGAAGCUGAAAAGGAAUUCAUGGAACUCAUUGAUAUGCUCAAGAAACAACCAUCAAAUGAAAACAACGAUAACACAGAAGAAUUAGAGAAUCCAAACAAAGAUGAAGAUAGCAGUGAUAAUGUAUUGAACGAUGAGAACAUUAUUGAUCAAUAAUGACAAAUGAUUACCCAUAAUAAUAAAUGUUCAGGUGAAAACAA